AAAAUUUUCAGGGAGAAAAGAGUUUAUCGCCUUUAUCAAAAGGUUUUGCCAUCUGUUUGCUACAAAUCUUCCGUGAAACACCAUUGGAAAUACAUAGAAAGGAAAUAUGUCUUUUACCUGUCAAGAAUGCUGCAAAACCUUUACAAAAAAAUACAGCUUUACUGUCCACAUGAGGUUACACAACAAUAAAAGAGAUUACCAGUGCGUUGAAUGUGUAAAGUCCUUUACAACAUCAAGAAUCCUGAAUAAACACAAACUUACUCAUAGCAAGGUGCAAGAAGCAAACGUAUGCCAGAUUUGUAAAAAGGGAUUUAGGUACAAAAGUGGCCUUGAAAGACAUACACUUAUUCAUACUGGAGAUAGACCGCACAAGUGUGAAAUUUGUCAGAAAGACUUUGGUCUAAAGGAGCAUUUGAUUCGUCACAUGAAACUUCACACCAUAGAAGAAACAUAUGAAUGUGGAAUAUGUAAAAUUACAUUUACCCAGAAUGUUCAUCUUACCAGACAUUUGUUAGUUCACACUGGAGAAAAGCCUCAUAAAUGCACUAUUUGUGGGCAACAGCUGCGCGACAAGAGUGCUUUGAAGAGACAUAUCGAAAAACAUGAUCUGGAUAAUAGCCCUGAAGACAGAGUUCACAAAUGUAAAUUUUGUGCAAAGAAAUAUUCUAGCUCACAUGGUUUAGAGAUGCAUUCAAAAAUUCAUUCAAAUAUAAAGUCUUUUGUCUGCCUUAUAUGUGAAAAGAGAUUCACACAGAUGCAUGUGCUUAAACAGCAUGUGAAUAUUCAUAAUGAUGCAAUUUUUUAUCCAUGUAAUGUGUGUGACAAGAAAUAUAAGACUGUGAGCUGUCUGAGAAGACAUAUGCGUAUUCAUACUGGGGAGAAACCUUACACUUGUAAAACUUGUAAAAAGUGUUUCUCAGAUAGUGGCAACCUUUCCAGACACAUGAAGCUGCACACAUAGACAGAUCAAGAACUGGUUUUCUGACAGUUGCAUUUUUUUCAAGGUACAAAACACUAUAUCAACAGAAGUAGUAAUGAUGGUAUGUUUUUACUGAUUCAGUUAUAUCAUUUAUUAUACUGAAUUAUACUGAAUUUAAACUAUAGGACAAUUGUAGCUAACUUGGUUGUUUGUAGUGGCAGGGUCAGGUGUUUUGAAGCUUUGCUGGAACAGAAGCAACAUAAUGUAAAGUUAUUUCUCUAAUAAUAACUAUUGAAGCAGGACAUAUAGUAUAUAUUUUUAUCAGUGACUUUGUGACCUGGUCAGAAUUUCAUUACAAUGUGCAAAGUUUUAAAAUUGAUUUACUGUGAGUAAUCUUUAAAGUAGUUUAGACGAGCUCAGGCGAGUGAUACAGGGCCUGGAUUGCCCUCUUGGUUUUAACUGACAUCGAACUGUAUUAAGAAUUUGGUGCCAGAAAUAUACUAGUAGAUGUGUUUUUCUUGAUAAAAACCCUUAGCCUGCUGGCGGCAGAUGAUUCUGCCUUUGCGACCAGUGCAGACCAAGAUCAGCCUGCACAUCCGUGCAGUCUGAUCAUGGUCUACACUGUUCGCUAUUCAGUCAGUAAAUUUUCAGUGAAAACCCCUUUUAGUAAUAAGUGGUACUGUCCAAAAGUCCAUUAGAGAAAUAUAGCAGGUUAAGGGUUAAGAAAUAUAUUUAGUACAAAUAAGAGUGUUAUUGACAUGUAUUAGUGUAAAGGCAGAUUAGUACAUAGUUAUUUGUUGGCAGUAACAAAAAAAAUGCAAUUUUAUUUUUUGUAUGUACUUUUGCAUAGAUUGUUUAUGUAUAAUACAUAU